AUGUCUUCAAUUGCCAAACGUGAAUUUACUGAGCUUGCCAUUGAUGGUAGCAACUAUUUGACUUGGGCCUUAGAUGUUGAAAUGCAUUUGACAUCAAAGGACUUAAAGCAAACUAUUGCUGAUGAAUCACAAAGCACUGAUGCCCAGAAGGCACAAGCUCUUAUUUUCCUACGCCACCAUUUGAAUAACGAUCUUAAAAAUGAGUAUUUGACUGAAAAAGACCCACAUGCAUUAUGGAAGUCCCUGAAGGACCGAUUUGACCAACAACUAUCAAUUGUCCUCCCUCAGGCACAAUUUGACUGGCUGAAUCUGAGGUUUCAAGAUUACAAAUCUGUAAUUGAAUAUAAUUCAGCCCUGCACAAAAUUGUAUCACAGCUGAAGCUCUGCAAACAUGAAGUUUCAGAGUCUGAUUUAAUUGAAAAGACUUUGUCUACUUUUCAUGCGAGUAACCUUGUACUCCAGCAGCAGUACAGGGCUAAGAAUUAUGACAAACACUCUGAACUAAUUUCAGCACUUCUUGUGGCUGAAAAACAUAAUCAGUUGUUGAUGAAAAAUCAUAAUGCAUGA